UCCCUUAUUAGGUAAUGUAGUACUAUACUACUAGCAUCGUACGAUCCCAUACAGCUACAGCCUACACUCAUUUAAUUGCUUCACCCAAACACACUUAUCCAAAACCUAUCACUGCCUAGAGAUCUCCCAGAGUUUCAAGUUUCAACCCACACCCAUGGAUGGGCACAUGCAGGGCAUGGGGGGGAUGCAACCAGCGGCGCCUUCAUCAUCAUCAUCAUCAUCUAACAGCAGCAUGAGCAUGGGCAUGGGCAUGGGCAUGAUGAUGCAUGAUAAGAUGAUGAUGCACAUGACGUUCUUCUGGGGGAAAGACACGGAGAUUCUGUUCCACAAGUGGCCCGGGGGCAGAACCGGCAUGUACGCGGUGGCCCUCGUCUUUGUCUUCGUGAUGGCGCUUCUGGUCGAGUUGAUCUCCUCAACCCGGUUCAUCAAACCCGGUUCAAACCACGUGCUCGCCGGUCUCUUUAAAACGGUCUUGCACGUCCUCAGAGUGGGCCUCGCUUAUUUGGUCAUGCUGGCGCUCAUGUCCUUCAACGGCGGUGUCUUCCUGGCCGCCCUCCUGGGCCACGCCUUGGGCUUUUUUCUCUCUGCCGUCGCUUUUAACAAACCCACCCAAGAUUUGGGCUUUGAUCUUCCCCCACUUUCUUGUUAAUUAUUUUCGCCCUUUUUUAAUUACUAGUGACAGUUGCGUCAUAUUUUAUAUUCGAUGUCAAAUUGGGUUAAAUUCUAGACGAUUUGUGGUUAGUAAUGUUGGCUUUGCGCCAAAUUAGGAGGAAUCUGGAAUAGUUGUUUGUUCCGGGAAUGGACGAUGAAGACAAAUAUAUAUCUUUGGAUUUGCGCUGGGAUGAAUUUGAAUUCCCUUUUUCUAUGUGUUUCAACCAUGCUAGUUAUUCUAAA